AUGUCAGAGGGAUUAGAAGGUAGCCCAGAGUUAGAUGCUAGAGAGUCUGGUCACUCGAGGUCCGGCAGCGAACGCCCCAACUAUCAAAUUGAUACUGAAGGGCUGGAUUUGAAGGAAGAGGAAGAUGAUGGAGAUGAAUAUCACGAAGAAGAUGAGUUGGAAGAAGAAGAAGAAGAAGAAGAAGAAGGUAACCAACGUGAAACUGUGACUCGCGGAACCAACGAAAUCCCUAAGAUUGCAAGGCGAGGAAGACCGAGUAAGAGAAAGAACAGAGAAAUGUCCCAGGAUGACAACAGAUCAGAGACUGAUGAAUCUAGAAGCGGUUCGACAGUCCCAGGAUUUAUGAAUCUAAAGAGACCGCGUCUUUCUUAUCCAGUAGACGAGUCGGGAGCUCCGCUUCCCAUUGUGAAUGAAGAGUAUGAUUUACCAGAUGAUCCCGAGGGUGAGACCAAGAUCACUAAGGAUGGUGACCUUUUAGGUGGCAGACAGUUUCUAGUGCGAUCUUUUACGGUUUCUGACAAGGGUAAGCGUAAGUUUAUGCUCUCGACGGAGCCUGCUAGAGCCGUGGGCUUCAGGGAUUCCUACCUAUUUUUUCAGUACCAUCCAAACCUUUACAAAUUUAUUUUAUCACAAGAGCAAAAGAACGAUUUGAUCGACCGUGGUGUACUGCCUUAUUCCUAUAGGAGCCGACAAAUUGCACUGGUUACCGCCAGAAGUGUCUUCAAAGAGUUUGGAGCCAAGAUUAUCAUUGGUGGUAAAAACAUCACAGACGAUUAUUACUCUACAAAACUACGCCAGGAAGGUCGCGUUAUUGAAGGAUCAUACGCUAGGGAACCGUUGAAGAAAAAUGGUACGCGUGCCUACGAGGGAAUCGAAUAUUCAGUACAGUCAGUGAAUCCUGCAAAGAAUGCCGUGGAAUUCUUUGACAGGAGAAAUCCAAACUAUAUCAACGGAGCAACCGCUACUGCCUCAGCCAGUAAGAUCAGCGCGACAAACUGGCUAUACCAACAUGCCGCUGCUUGUAGUAGGUUUAACAGCGACAUGUACUAUGACAGAGUACGGAUCCUUCUGAUAGAGAAUCAAGGUCUGAGAGAUCCAUACACCAACACUUUGCACAUACCUCAGUCGACUCAAUCUUCUAAAGUUCUAAGACGUAACAGAAAACCAUUAACAGAAACCGAUAUACGCAAUGAUUGUGCUGUACUCUAUGAAACUAAAAUCAGCGAUCCCGACUUGACCAGAAACAAGACCGGCUUGUCCGAAGUUCCAUUGGAUAUAUUCGACGAUCUGGUUAGUGAAGAGAUCAAAACCGCAAUUAUCGAGCAACAAAACUUUGAAAAAGGUAUAAGACCACAAGAGCCGAAAGCAGACGCUACACCUGAUAAAUAG